GACGCCAUUUUGUCAUAGUCUGCCGGACCGAGCUAAUUUUUAACCAUUCUCUCUCCGGCAUGGAACGCUUGAGGCUGGGAAGGGGGCGGGGCAACAGAUACAGGCGGCUGCAUAUUGUCCCUGGACCUGGUGUUGGCGAGAGGCUGCUGUGCUGCUUUAGUUUGAAUCCUCACAACACAGAUAUAAGGUGUAAGGGUGGAGCCAUGUAUAAUAUUAAGGUAGAGAAUAUCGAAGGAGAAGAAGAAAAGUAUUCAAGUGGUGUCCAGGAGUAUAAGGAGGAGGAAAUUCCUACAGAUAUCAGCACAGCAGAUGGAUGCAGAAGUAGGAAUAUCGUGGAAGGACAUCUCGUUUUAUCUCCAGAUGGUGAAGUAAAAGAUAACGACGGUAAAGGAGAUUCUCCAGGAGCAACCCCUGUUACCCCAAUUACACAGCCAGUAUUUCAAGAUGCAUCGAUUUCAUCUCUUCCCUCUGAUCCUGAGGAAUAUUCAUAUAACUGUGACAUUGGUACAUCUAUUACAGAACUUAGAGCAGAUAAAAUAUUUCCCUGUCCUAUAGAUUCCAGAUGUUUUACACAGGACACAAAGCUUAUUAUCCAUCAGCCAACUAAGAGAGGUCAGAAACCCUUUCCAUGUUCUACGUGUGGAAAAAGUUUUAGGUGCAAAUCCGUUCUGGUUUCACAUGAGAGAUCUCACACAGGUGAGAAGCCGUUUUCCUGUUCUCUGUGUGGGAAAUGUUAUACGUACAAAUCUGGGCUGGUUACACACGAGAGAUCUCACACAGGGGAGAAGUUGUUUUCCUGUUCUCAUUGUGGGAAAUGUUUUGCAUACAAAUCUGUGCUGGUUACACAUGAGAUAACUCACACAGGUGAGUAUCCAUUUUCGUGUUGCGAGUGUGGAAAACGUUUUGUAAGUAAAUCGGCUCUUGUUAGACAUGAGAGAAUCCACACAGGUGUGAAGCCAUAUUCCUGCUCUGAGUGUGGGAAAUGUUUCUUUUCUAAAUCACAUCUGGUUACACAUUGGAGCACUCACACAGGGGAGAAACCAUUUCCCUGUUCUGAGUGUGGGAAAUGGUUUACGCGGAAGUCAGAUCUUUUUAAACAUCAGAGAAUCCACACAGGUGAGAAGCCGUUUUCAUGUUUGGAGUGUGGGAAAUGUUUUACAGAGAAAUCAGAACUUACUAUACAUCAGAGAUUUCACACGGGAGAGAAACCAUUUUCGUGCUCUGAGUGUGAGAAAAGUUUUGCGCGCUCAUCAGAUCUGGUUGCUCAUAAGCGCCAUCACACGGGCGAGAAGCCAUUUUCCUGUUCUGAGUGUGGGAAAUGUUUUACUGUCAAAACGUCUCUUGUUAGACAUCAGAGACUUCAUAUAGAUAACAAAACAUUUUCAUGCUCUGAGUGUGGGAAAUGUUUUACACAGCAUUUGGCUCUUGUUAUACAUCAGAAAGCUCACACAGGUGAGAAGCCAUUGUCCUGCUCUGAGUGCGGGAAAUGUUUUGUGUAUAAAUCGGCUCUUGUUAAACAUCAGAGAUUUCACACAGGUGAGAAGCCAUUUUCAUGUUCAGAGUGUGAGAAAUGUUUUGCACAGAUAUCAAAUCUUAUUACACAUCAGAGAAGUCACACAGGUGAGAAGCCAUUUGUCUGUUCUGAGUGUGGGAAAUGUUUUGCAUAUAUAUCGGCUCUGGUUACACACAAGAGAAAUCACACAGGUGAGAAAAUAUUUUCCUGUGUGGAGUGUGGGAAAAGUUUUACUCAGAAACCAUGUCUUGUCGCACACCAGAGAACUCACACAGGUGAGAAGCCGUUUUCUUGUUCUGAGUGUGGGAAAUGUUUUACACAGAGAUCCAAUUUUGUUACCCAUCAGAAAGAUCACACAGGUGUGAAACCUUUUCCUUGUUCUGAGUGUGGGAAAUGUUUUACAUACAAAUCACAUCUUGCUUCACAUCAGAUAACUCACACAGGCGUGAAGCCUUUUUCUUGUUCUGAAUGCGGGAAAUGUUUUGGACAUAAAUCAGCUCUUGUUAAGCACAAGAGACUUCACACGGGAGAGAAGCAAUUUUCAUGUUCUCAAUCUGGGAAAUGACAGAAAUCGGAUCUCGUUAAUCUAGACAUUAUUCUGACACGCGUACAGAGGUGAUUGUAAAUGAAUCAUAUUUCAUCUGAAAAAUAAACCGUAUUAACUAUAACAUUUUCUAAA